UUGGGGUGUAAAGUGUCUUUCAGAUCGAAGCAAUCUGAAUUUUAAGAUGGCGUCCAAAUUGCGGGACCCUGGUCACGACAAUGGCGUAGUCGACGCUCCUCCGAAAAAGAAGAGAAGCUCGAAAUUAGACACGGCGAUGAGGCAACUAUCGGAAGCCAAUUCCAGUAGAAAUCAGCUUACUGAAGAGUUGAUGAAAGCGCAAGAGACGAUCCGCUCACUGCAAGCUACCUUAUCGUCGGCAAGAAGCGAAUUUGGAGAUGUCAAUAGCGUUGAAUUUGAAAAUGACCUGGGACCUUGCAGCACCGAGCACCCUGUUGGCCAGCGAGGUGAAUCAUCAGCUGAUUUAUCGCGCUUUGUUUCUUCUUUAAAUCAAAUAUCGCUAUCAUCAAUAAACGUUCCCGAAUGCAAGCCAAGUAUGGAUGGAGAAGAAAUUUCAAGGCUGGAUUUUGAUGCAUGGGUGGAUCUUUUUGAAAGCUCAUUGGUGUUAGCAGGCAUCAGCGAUGAAGCAACAAAAUAUAUGGUCUUCAAAGUUAGAGCAGGACAAAAACUCCUCGAAGUUUAUAGAGCGACGGAGUCAACGAGCGACGACCCUAAUCAAGACACUCAACCUUUUUCUAACGCUCUGUUCCGUCUGAAGAAAUACUUUACCUCAACCUCGGAUGUCAUGCUUCAGCGCCGAAAGCUUGCACUGAUGUCCCAAAAGCCAGAGGAGCCGGAUCUGGGGUUUAUACGACGAGUUGGGAUAGCAGCAAGCCUAUGCGAAUACGCGGAAGGCAAACAAUUUGAAGAAAUUCUAAGUACCGUGGCGGAGCAAGCGAAGCACAAAGAGGUGAGGAUUGCAGCUCUUAAAAUGAUGAAUCGUAAAGGAUCCAUCACGGAUCUCAUUAACAAAGUACGGGAGAUUGAGACAAUACGUUUAAACGAGGAAUAUGUGUCUAAGAAGCAAGCCGUUACAGGGAUGCCAGUGAUUGCAGUGAACGCUGUUCGUACUGUAGCUGAAAUACCACGGUACGGUGCUUGUAACCAGGGUUGCCAACUAUUUUUUUGAAAAAUCAGGGAGAAUGAAAAAAAAAAUCAGGGAAAAUCAGGAUAGCUCAUAUUGGGUUGUCCGGAAAGUUCGUACCCAUUUUUGAGAAAACAAAAGUAUUAUUUUUUGAAUUUUAUAUGCACAGUGUUGUUUUGCAAACAAUUCAGGAAGUGCUGAAAUCUUUCAGGUAGCCUAACAAUUCUAAACAUUAUUUAAUUAUGGAAGCUAAUUUGUUCAGUUGGGAGCAGUAUUUGUGGGAAUGUAUCGACUGGUUGCUUGGUAGAAACUCACAAUACAGAAUUCCUCUUCAAUACCACCUGAACCAGAUCAUAAUUGUUUUUCAGGUGAAGACCGGGUCAGUCUGAUUAUUUAAAAUGACCUGUUUUCAUCACCCGCCACGAUUUGCUUAAAAAAAAUCGAUGCAUAGAUGAAACGCACAAGUCGUAACGAUUUACGUAACCAUGUUUCAACUGAUGCACAUGAACGGAGAUUUUAAACAUAUGUAGUGUACCUGCUAAUUCAUUUGUCGUGUCUCACGGAUCAUUCUUACAACUUCUUGCUUUACAAACAAUUUAAUAUAUUUUCUUCAAGAAAUAAAACACUUUUUAAUAAUAAUUACAGUUUAAUAAAAAAGAUGCUUACACAUUCUUACUUCUAAAAUUCUUGUAAAUUGGAUGUUAUUUGCUGCGAACAUGUAAUGAAACCUGUAUCGUUUUUAUUUAACUGUACAUAAUUUUUGGUCGCUAAUAUUCCUUUCAUCGUUUUCGUUCCAAUUCUGUUUCUAAUCUUCGUUUUAUUGAGAUUGAAUUGCAAGAACCUUCGGGCAUAUGAUUCUUAUAGAUUAUAUUUCUUUCACGUUAACUUCAAAAUUCAAAAAAUGUCGACAUUGUACCUUCGAAAAUGCGAAAAGUAUAAUCGAAAGAAAAAGUAAAAAUUAUAUAAGCGCGGAUCGUAGAGCUUUUUUAUGUAGACUAUUAUGACAGUUUUCAUAUACAACCAGCAAAACUCCCAGUAUAUUUAUAUGGAUUUUUUUUUCUGACCAAAAAAUAAAAAGUAAAAAAUGCAAAAAGCAAAAAGAAAAAAAUCAGGGAAAAUCAGGAUCAUUUUAUAAAAAUCAGGGAAAAUUGAGUGUUUGUCAGGAUAUCAGGGAGCGUGCCAAAAAGUCUGGGAAAUCCUGAAAAAUCAGGAAGGUUGGCAUCUCUGCUUGUAACACAGCCUCCAUAAACACCUCAAAUCAAAGCUUCAAUCGACGGGGUGGACGUGGGCAACGUGUAUUCAGGGGAGGUAUGAGUUGGCGAAAUUCGAGCUCCCAGGUCCCGGAGCGCUGUACUCGAUGCAACAGUAUCUACCAUUCUGCUGAACGAUGUUUUGCGAUCGAAAUGACCUGUCACAACUGCGGCGUCAAGGGUCAUUUGUUGAGGGCGUGCAAUCAACCAGUUCCACCGAAGGGCGGACAACUAUCGGAUUCCCGGGAGCGAAUUAUGCAUUCUUCAGAAGUAGCGAUAGUCAGCACCAAACCAGAAGCAAAGCCUAACGAGGAAAACACUGAGAGAACUGUAAGCGAUGUUUUAUCUACAUCAUCCUAAUCGGUGGGCAUAUGUCUGAAACAAUAUGUUUGAACUCAAAUCUGUAUUUUGAACUUGAUACUUUGAAAUUGAAUAAUA